ACGAACAGUUCGAAGUGAGUGUCCGGGAGAUGCUAACGCAACAAAUGAAUCUUAGUCAUAAACGACUUGCUGAUUAUUCAUGUAAUUCACAUACCGAUUCCAUCAUUCAUUCUAUCCAUGAAUUUAAUUUCGAUGGUUUGGCUGGUAUUACUUUUGAAUUCUGGUUCAAGAAGCACGAAUAUUUGUUCAAGGUCGACCUCCAAAAACUUGGUGACGCAGUCAAGAUCAGAACUCUGCUACGAAUACUUGGCAUGGUUGAAAACGAAUGUCAGAGUAAUCGCAUCGUUCCAAAGAACCCAUGAGAUUUUUC